AUGAACCGAAAUCCAAUUUUGCGUGGCCUAAUAGGAAAACAGCUUCAACUGGAUGGUCAGGUUAUUCACCAAUUGGCCGGAAUUAGUGAAAGAUACGGUAGAAACGAAAAACUGCUGCCCUAUGAAAAAUAA